UUGCUGCUGACGUUGCUGCUGUCCAAAGCGACGAUGGCGUCCACAGAUCAGUCCCUCCUGGACCUAACGGAUAAAGACACCCGGGAGAAACUGUCGUUAUGGGAUCGCCGCACCGAUGCCAUGGCCCCCCUCACGGAGAAACAAAUGGACUCUGUCCUGGAGAUCCGAGCCGCAGCUGAAACGCUCUCUAUUCCCUCAGAGCUUCCCAUUGAGGACUUGUGCAGCCUAUCUUCCCGGUCCUUGCAGUCCCCGUUUACAGCGACUGUACCCGCUUCAACAGAGGACGUCCUGCUAAAGGGUUUCCAGACGCUCGAUAUGGAGAAUGACAGGAUAGAAACUGCACAGCAGUUUUUCGCCUGGUUUGCCAAGUUACAGGCUAACAUGGACCAGGAUGAGAGCGCAAAAUACAGGAAAACCAGAGAUGAUCUGAACUGCUACCAGGAACAAUGUGACGCUAUUCUGAAAGAUGUCAGUGCAGCCCUGCAGCACUUGGACUCACUUCAGAAACAGUACCUGUUUGUGUCCAAUAAGACUGGUACCCUCCAUGAGGCCUGUGAACAACUUCUAAAAGAACAGUCAGAGCUUGUUGACCUGGCAGAGAGCAUACAACAGAAACUGUCAUAUUUUAAUGAGUUAGAAAACAUCAACACGAAACUGAACUCACCAACCUUGUCUGUAAAUAGUGAAGGCUUUAUACCAAUGCUGUCGAAAUUGGAUGACUGCAUUGAAUACGUUUCCUCGCAUCCAAAUUUCAAGGACUACCCCGUUUAUUUGGCCAAGUUUAAACAAUGUCUUUCUAAAGCUAUGCACUUCAUGAAGAUCCACAUUGUAAACACUAUGCAGAAUCUUACAAGCCAGUUGACGAAAAGGGAUCCAAUGAGCUUGACCAACGCAGAUAAUGCCUUUACGCUUUACUACGUUAAAUUUAGAGCAGCUGCACCUAAAGUUAGAUCACUGAUUGAACAGAUAGAGCAGCGAGCAGAGAAGAUUCCAGAAUACCAUCAGCUCCUAGAUGAAAUCCACCAGUGCUACCUCGACCAGAGGGAGCAGCUCCUCAGUCCCAGCAUCACAUCCACCAUUACUGACCUGACCAACCAAAACAGCAAAGACCACUGUGCUCUGGUUCGCAGCGGCUGUGCCUUUAUGGUUCAUGUUUGCCAGGAUGAACACCAGCUGUACAAUGAGUUCUUCUCUAAACCAACACCUAAACUAGACGAGCUGCUAGAGAAGUUGUGUUUGUCCCUGUACGAUGUCCUCCGACCUCUAAUCAUCCACAUCAUUCACCUGGAAACCCUGUCUGAGCUCUGCAGCAUUCUCAAGAACGAGAUGCUGGAAGAUCAUGUUCAUAACAAUGCUGCGCAGUUGGGGGCCUUUGAUGCAGUGGUGAAGCAGAUGCUGGAGGAUGUCCAGGAGAGGCUGGUCUACAGGACUCACAUUUACAUUCAGACUGAUAUCACAGGCUACAAUCCAGCCCCGGGGGAUCUGGCCUAUCCUGAGAAAUUAGAGAUGAUGGAGAGAAUUGCUCAGAGUUUGAAAGAAGAGCAGAUGAAGCAAAUGUCACAAGAGUCGAUGUUUUCUGACGUACAGCUCGAGGAUCCUGAUGGCAGAAGAAACAGUAAUGCUGGGAAUGUAGAAGCAUCACGCCUGCAGACAUCCAUCUCUCCUGCUGAUCUGCACGGCAUGUGGUACCCCACUGUCAGACGAACGCUGGUUUGUCUGUCCAAGCUCUAUAGAUGUAUAGACAGAGCAGUCUUCCAGGGUUUAUCUCAAGAGGCCUUAUCUGCCUGCAUCCAGUCCCUCCUUAAAGCUUCUGAUAUCAUCCUUAAAAACAAGACACAAAUAGAUGGGCAACUUUUCCUGAUCAAGCACCUGCUGAUAAUGCGUGAACAGAUUGCCCCAUUUCACACCGAUUUUGCCAUCAAGGAAAUCUCGCUGGACCUGAAGAAAACGCGAGAUGCUGCCUUCAAAAUCCUGAACCCUAAGGCUGUUCCCAAAUUCUUCCGACUUAACAGUCACAACGCCAUACUUGAAUUCCUGUUGGAGGGAACACCAGAGAUAAAGGAGCACUACAUCGACUCUAAGAAGGAUGUGGACCGACACCUGAAGUUCAGCUGUGAGCAGUUCAUCCAGCAGCAGACUCAGAUCUUUGUGGGGAACCUUGAGGAGUUUCUCACCAAGGUUGCAGCUCUUAAAACUAUGGCUAUCCAAGGUGGUCCCACAUACAGUCUGUCUCAGCAACCUUGGGCUCAGCCAGCAAAGAUCAACGAUAUAGUGAUGGCUACCUACCGUGUGAUGAAGAGCAAGCUGCCAAGCACUUUACAGAGCAUGUCCUUGUACUUAGCCAAUAGAGACACAGAGUUCAUCCUUUUCAAGCCUGUCCGGAAUAACAUCCAGCAGGUUUUCCAAAGACUGCUCGCCUUGCUUCAGGAGGAAUACAGUGGAGAAGACCUUCAAAUCAUCGCAUGUCCGUCUAUGGAGCAGAUUAACCUACUGCUGUCUGUGAAUAAAUAAUGCCCAGAUUCGGUGGUGCGAUGCUGGCAAACACACACUGGAUAGCGGUGUGACCAUCCAACUCCAGCCAUGACCCGGAGUCAUGACCAGAGGACUGCACCUGAGCAGCAAGCUGGACUGGCAACGCUGAACUGACAGCACAAAAA